GCCUUUUCAUAUGCUAAUUUUGAAAGUAUUUGUUUGGUGGUUGUUGAGUGGCAGGAGUCUCUUUCAAAGAGUGAAAAUAAAUUGGAUGAAGGGGGAAAUAUUGCAUCUCAAUUGUUUGAGAUUUUGCCACUUAAGGGUGUUUUGGGGUGGUAUGGAGUAAAUUUACUAAAGCUUUGGGAAUAUCAAUUGAUAGAAGAACAUGGCUUGUGGCCCUUUGUUAGAGGAACUUGAAAAAAAAUUAUGGGGAAUUUGAGGUAUGUAUCUGGCGUGCCUCCCUUGAAGGCUUUGGAAGGGUUGACAAAUAGUUAUAAAGUAUGUGAUUCAAGUCCAGCAGUGUUUGAUGCAUUGAUCAGGGUUUGUACUCAGAUUGGGGACACUGAUGGUGCUUAUGAAGUGAUCAGGAAGUUGAGGAGCAAGAGUUAUUCAUUUACGAUUCAAGUGUGGAAUAACCUUUUGAGUCACCUAUUGAAGUUGAGUGAGAUCCAUAGAUGUUGGGAGAUGUACAGGGAAAUGAUUUCGUAUGGGUAUAGUGAAAGUGUGAAUACUUUCAAUUUGGUUGUUUAUGCUCUUUCUAAGGAAUGCAGAUUACCAAAAACAGUCUCAAUAUUUUACUAUAUGUUGAAGAAUGGAAUUUGGCCUAAUGUUGUUACUUUUCACUUGAUCAUAGAUGGAGCUUGCAUGAUGGGUGACUUGGUUCUUUAUUUGAAGCUUCUGAGGAAGAUAGGAAGUAAUGGUGCGGAUGCAAUUCCUAGGGUUGAUGAGGUUGGAGGUUCUGAACUAACAAUAGAAACAAAAAUAACAACAUUGGAUUCUCAAACAUAUACUCUGAGAGUUGAUAAACAAGUGCCAAUUCCUGCUUUAAAAGAGUUGAUUGUUUCCAUUACUAAUGUGUUGUUAGAGCAGCAAUGCCUAAUAGGCCGCAGAAGGGUUCUAAAGGAUGAUCAACUCCUCUCUUCCUAUCAUGUUGAAGAUGGUUAUACCUUACAUCUUGUUGUUCAACAUCCCUUUCCACCAUCAUCUAAGGGUUUACCAAAUCAUACAGCAACUGAUCCUGUUCCAACUACAAGUCGUUGGCAAUUUAACAUGGGUGAAAAGAAUAUACUUAUUUUUUACCCUAGUGGUUGGACAUUUUAUGCCAGUAUCUUGACAAUGGAUAAUGCUUAUUCAGUCCUAUACUCUUCUCUUGGAGGUACAUGACAAUUGCACUAGAGCUAUAAACCAAGUGGGCAAGUGUUUCUUUUUAAGGGGGGGGAGUGUUAUGAACCUCCAUGGAAGUGAUCGAAGACAAAGGAGAGAGGGAGGGUUUAGUCUAGCAAGGUAGAAGGAGGAGUGAAGCGAGUCUGUCACCGUUUGACUUGAAGGCCUGUCAAUGAGACGCAGCGUUUUAGGCCCUGAACAUUUUGCAAUUUAUUUCGUUUUAAUAGUUAAAUUCUUGUUGUCGGUUAUUACUUUCCGCAUGUUGUUUUCAUAUUUGUUCCAGGUUACACCUCGAGGGAAUAAAUGGAGGGAAGGUCAGAGAGAAAGAUCAUUCUGGAAUUUUCUGUUGAAACUUGUGGUUUUCAUCUGGAGGCAGGGUACCUCGAAUACCCAUUAUCAUCUUCAAGCGUAGUGAU